CACAGAUCAUUUCUCGCUUUCAGCAUUUUGAAUACUUUGCUACAGUAACACCUACCUUGAAUAGAGCAGCAAGCUUGCAUCGUUAUCAGUCUUUGGACCUUCAGCAUUGCUUUCACCAGUGGAGGAAGCACGUCCUUCAGCGCAGUUUGACAGGACAGACUCUGAUUAGCCUGCCCCUGACCUAGAAUUUUUUUGCUGCCCAUACUCCUGUCUAGCAAUCAGAACGCAAUAUAUGUAGCAGUCACAAGCGGUCUGAAUUCAUAGCAAGGGUCAUUUGAGCUUGAAGUUGCAGCGAGAAAGGUAGAGCAGAGGGGCAACUCUGCAAUUCUGAGGAAGGGCGCGGCAGCCCAAGAGUCAAGAUCUCUUGUUGAAGCCCUGUGGAGAUACUGCACUAAGGCAGGAGGAGGGGCGGCUGGAGCUUGAGCAAUGGCGGGCUUCUUUCUGACACGGUACCUGCGCGCUCUGGUGUCAAAGAACCACCGGCGUCUUGUGACUGCGGGCUAUGACCUGGACCUGAGCUACAUCACUGACCGCAUCAUUGCCACGAGCUACCCAGCAGAGCGCUACGACUCGCUGUACAGAAACCCAAUGUCGCAGGUCCGGCGGUUCCUGGAUUCCAAGCAUGGCGACCAUUACAAGGUGUACAACCUGUGCGAGGAGCUCAGCUACGAGUCCAGCUGUUUCUACGGCCGCACGGAGCGCUUCCCAUCAGAUGACCACCACGUACCUCCGCUCUUCAUGGUGCAAAGAUUCUGUGAGAGCCUAGACGCUUGGCUCAAUGCAAACCCGGAUAAUGUAGCGGCAAUCCACUGUCGAGCGGGGAAGGGCAGGACAGGAGUCAUGGUCUGUGCGUAUCUGGUCUACACGGGAAUGGCUCCAGAGGAGGCCCUUUCUAUGUACGCUCGCAAGAGGACGGUCAACCAGAAGGGGGUCACUAUUGCGAGCCAGCGUCGCUACGUCCGCUACAUCGAGAAGCUGCCACGUGUCCUCAAGCAGGAUGGGUUUCUCAACGCUGCCCAGGCUGAGAGGAGCGCAUCGUCUGAUAUGCUCAGGGCUCCGGAGGGCCGGCCACUUCGCAGAAUACGACUGUACGACGUGACAGGUGCUGAGAAGCUCGACUUCGCCCUCUUUCAUCUCCGACCGCCAGUAGGUGAGGGCCGAGAGAUGGAGUACUGGCCGGCAGAGGAGAUCUUUAGUGGGCAGUGCUGCCUUGGCAGGCGAGGUCACCAGCGCACCAUGACCCCGCGCUUCUUCAAGAGCGCGCUGCAAGCCGUGCAGCCGCUCGAGUUGUCGGAGGGCGACUCGUCGGAUGGGGACGCGCCGCCGCCCGGCGAAGCGCGGUGGGCGGUCCAGAUGGACACCGACAUGGCGCCCGAGCCGAGCCGCAAGAGGCGCCACCUCGACUGCUACUUCAAGGAAGCGCUCCCGGUCUCCGGCGACAUCCGGCUGGUGUGCCGCGAGCCGGGCGGAGGCGGGCGCCUAUUCACGGCGUGCUUCCACUCGGCGUUCAUCCCGAGCGGGGGCAUCGUACAGCUGGGCCGGUCGGAGCUGGACAAGCUGUCCAAGAAGGCCAAGAACUUGUGCGGGCCCAACUUCUCCGUGGAGCUGCUCUUCGCGCCGGCCAGCGAGCCCAGCAGCCCCAAGAGCGUGGUCACGGUCCAGGCAGCGGCCAGGAUCGUGCCGGAAGCAACCCCCGCGCUGCAGCGAUUCGACUCGUUCUAG